CAUGCUUCCUCGUCUUUCCGCAUAUGUCUGUCUGAAUCUGUUGCUGAUAUAUAUGUCAUCUGGACACCAUAAUGUUUGAGACUGUAGAUAUAUUGAACGCUGUAUUAGUAUUCUUCUGGCUGGUCUACGUAUGGGAGACUUACUUAGCCUAUCGACAGAGGGCGAUAUACAAGACGUUUACCAAAGUUCCUGCUGAGAUAUACACCAUACUUGAUCAUGAGACUUUUGAUAAAGCCAGACUUUACCAACUUGAAAAGAGUAAUUUUGGGUUCUGGGUUGGGCUCUUCUCUCAGAUUGAGAUGACGUUAAUUUUAAUAUUGGGUGGUAUCCCAUUUCUUUGGAAUGCGGCCGGUAACUGUACUGCUUAUUUUGGUUAUGGUCCCGAAUAUGAGAUUAUGCAGUCGUUAAUGUUUAUUUUUCUGAGUAUGAUAUUCAGCACUAUAACUGAUUUACCCUGGAGUCUUUAUAGUACUUUUGUUAUUGAAGAAAGACAUGGAUUUAACAAACAGACUUUGGGAUUUUAUUUAAAAGAUCGAGUCAAGAAGUUUAUUGUGACUAUUGUAAUAGCUCUCCCCAUCACGGCCAUAUUGAUCUAUAUUAUCCAGGCUGGUGGUGACUACUUCUUUGUUUAUGCAUGGUUGUUUACCUUUGUCACCACUAUGUUAAUGAUCACUGUCUAUGCAGACUACAUUGCUCCACUCUUUGAAUUCACACCACUACCGGAGGGUGCUCUAAGAACUCAAAUAGAAGACUUGCCGGCAAGCAGGAAGAAACAUAGAAAGCACCGUUCGCAUUCUAGACACGUCUCUUCCGGGGAACCCCCCGUUCCCAGCCGUGACCCCUCCGCUAACUUGGGGGAGGCCGAGGCUCAGGCUAGUGACACUGGCUCUCCUCGGGGACCUCGGACACGAAACACCAACGGGGAUGCUGGUAGCCAAGGCUCCGUUCUCGGGGCAGGGCUGUCGGGGCAGGACAUACAGGACGUUGGGGUGAUGCGGAAUAUUAUCAGUCCAGGUGACACAAUGUAUAUUCCCCCACCCUUGAUUCUAAAGCAACCACUCACGGUCGCUUCAAGGCUGAUGGGAUCGCAGGCACCGGGAUCCAGAUCGACCCCACCUGCACGUCUCUCCUGGUCCAGCCGAGCGCUGAGCGUGGCGGACGGCGCACAGACGGUGUUGAGGGGCGGUCGUUGGUCAGCCGCAGAGGAGGUAAUGCCAAAAGCCCCGGGCUGGGGUAAUCUUUUGCAUAACCCCUUUCGCUGGACCAAACGCUACCCUAUCGGGGCAAUUUCGGAUUCGGACCCCAAUUCGACCCCAAGUCCCAUCCCGACCCAACAGUUGGUGUUUCUGGGCAUGGAGUUCGACACCGAGGAAGUGGAAGUAAAACAGAAAACUGAAGAAGAAGCUGAAGGAAAGAAGAAAUUGGGAUGCAGUAAUGAAGAAGUACUUGCAAUUUUAGCACAUGAAUUGGGACACUGGAAACUCAGUCAUAAUAUAAAGAAUCUUGUAAUUGGACAG